AUGGGGCUACGACAGUCUGUCCAGUACAUUGCCUGGUUUAUCAUCGACGGUAUGCAGUACGCCGUAGUCUCGCUCAUCGUCGCUGUCUUGAUGAAGGUUACAUUCAUGACGAAGACGAGCUUUGGGGUGUUGUUUUUCCUGUUCUUCCUCUUCACGUUGACGCUCGUUGCACUGUCGGGGCUGAUAGGGUCGCUGUUCUCCAAGGCACGGCUUUCGGCUGUGCUUGCACCACUCAUCUACUUCCUGCUCUCCACGCCGCUCUUCGCUAUUGGGAGCGCCGGCAGUGCCGUCAUCUCAGCACUUUGCAUUCUGUCACCGUCGGCCUUCUCGGAGGGCCUCAGCAUUUUGUUCGACUACGAGAUAUCAACGGGCUUUAAGAGUGGGGACCUUGCAAACUCCAUGGACUCGCCGAACAUGAUCUUCAUCCUCAUUAUGCUGGUGGUCGACUUGGUGGUCUACCUGGUGUUGAUGCUGUACCUGGACGCCGUUGUACCGAACGACUGGGGCACUCCCAAGCACCCGCUCUUCUGCAUUCUGGCGCCCUUGUCGUGGUGCUGCAAACAGGAGGAGGACUGGUCAAGUGAGGAGGACGGGCGCAAGCCGACUGGCGUGUUCGAGCCUCUCACGGAUGAGGAACUGUCAAGGACUGCCGUACGCAUCUGCGGCCUCACGAAGGCCUUCAAACGAGGAAAGGAAACCUUCGUGGCUGUGGACCACAUGCACUGGGACCUGGUGGAGGGCGAGAUCUCUGUGCUGCUUGGUCACAACGGCGCGGGGAAGACGACGCUGAUGAACAUGAUGACGGGCAUGAUGAAGCCGAAGGGUGGCGACUGUUACAUCUACGGGCACUCGAUCCGCAACAGUUUGGGUGCUGCGCGGCAAGAGAUCGGCUUCUGCCCNAACGGCGCGGGGAAGACGACGCUGAUGAACAUGAUGACGGGCAUGAUGAAGCCGAAGGGUGGCGACUGUUACAUCUACGGGCACUCGAUCCGCAACAGUUUGGGUGCUGCGCGGCAAGAGAUCGGCUUCUGCCCGCAGCACAACAUUCUUUGGCCGGAUCUUACCUGCCAUGAGCACCUCACGUACUUCUCCAGCAUCAAGGGACUUAGCGGAGACGCCCAGAAAGAGGCCAUUGAGCAGAUGCUUGAAGGCGUGGAUCUUCAAGACAAGCGCGACUAUGCGUCAUCGGCGCUUUCCGGGGGACAGAAGCGGAAGCUGUCUGUCGCGAUCGCGUUCGUUGGCGGCAGCCGCCUCAUCUUCCUCGACGAGCCAACGGCGGGGAUGGAUGUGGGUGCGCGCCGCCACACAUGGGACCUGCUGCGCCGGAUGUCAGCGGACCGCACCAUACUGCUGAGCACGCACUUCAUGGACGAGGCGGAUCUCCUCGGGGACCGUAUCGCAAUUAUGAGCAAGGGACGCAUGCAGUGCGCCGGCAGCGGCCUGUUCCUGAAGUCCAACCUGGGUGUGGGGUACAACAUCACAAUGUCGGUGACAAGCAGUGCGGAGCGGCAAGGCAUUGACUCGCUAAUUCGGUCGUACGUGCCAGCUGCGGAGGUGCUGAACAGUGGUGCUGGUGAGGUCUCGUACCGGUUGCCGAUGUCGUUCGCGAAGGAUUUUCCCGCCAUGCUCGCUGACGUCGAGUCGUCGGGAGAUAUGUACGGUGUGCAAGGCUACACGCUCUCUGCUACGACACUGGAGGAGAUUUUCCUGCGCAUUGCCCAUGGCGACGACAUGGAUGCGAACACAUCUGCUGAGGGACAGCAGGACGGCGCCGCGGCUUUGCCCGGCAAGGAAGACCACACGGUUGGAGUGAAGUUGGAAAUCCCGCUCAGGCCCGUGACCUUCAGCGAGACAAGCGCACCGGCUGCUGAGUCUCCACCGCUCCACUCCGUGUGGGAUGCCAAACUGAUUGAGGACGAGACGACGCUCAUGGGGUGCCAGUUCAAGGCCUCCUUCCUGAAGCGGUGCCGCAACGCCCUCCGCGACCGCCGCACGCAGUUUAUCCAGAUUCUCUUUCCUGUGAUCAUGGUCAUCUUCGCGAUGCUCCUCAACAUGAUAGAUAUGGUCAAGCACCCGUCGAUCCGGUUGUCCUCCGACAUGUACGAGGGGCAUGUGCAGAUCGACCUUGCGAAUUGCGCGAACGACAUCAGUACCUCGAUCCCUUUCGCGAGAGACGCGGAGACCAGCGUGCUGAGCGACAUCGGGAACACCACGGCGCUUUCCGCGCACCUCGUGGGGAGUUACAAAAGCCACGCGACGAGUCGGUACACUGCGAUGGCGUGUGGUGACCCUGUCUACGGUGGCGCAACGGCCCUCUUCUUCAACAUGUCUGCGCUGCACGGCAUUGCGGUGAGCAUGGUCGGCUACUACGGUGCGGUGGUGCAGAAGGCACUCUCGUCUGCGUCGGUGGAGUACUUGGAGGACAUCUUCGUCACGGAAAACUUCCCCAUGAUCCGCACCAAUCGUGAGGAAGCGUUCAGGGACAUGAUGAAGUCCUUGCUGGUUGCCAUGUUAAUUAUGAUUCCCUUCUCGUUUGUGCCCUCCACGUUUGUGUCGUGGGUGGUGAGGGAGCGCGAGUGCAAGGCCCGUCACCUGCAGAACGUGUCGGGGCUGCGUUUCUCAGUCUACUGGCUGUCCAACUACGUUUUUGACAUCUGCUCGUACCUGAUCAUGAUGUUAUUGGUGAUGAUUGUGAUGCUGAUAUUUGGCCGAAAGGAGUAUGUUGCGGCCGAGACAUUUGGCCCCACGUUUGUUCUUUUUGUUACCUACGGCUUGUCGUGCAUCGCGAUGUCGUACGCCCUCUCGUUCCUCUUCAAGGAGCACUCCUCCGCGCAGAACACCGUGAUGCUGGGCAAUUUCCUUACAGGGUUCCUGCUGGUGAUGUUGGUGGAGACUCUCGUAAUGGUCCCGUCCACUGAGAAGGCGGGCAACGGUCUUAAAUGGGCCUUCCGCCUUUUCCCCAGUUACUGCGUUGGCGAGGGCAUCGUCGGCUUGGCGUCGCGGAUGGGGAAGCAGAAUCUGGCGGGCACAGCCAUCUCGCCGUGGGCGCUCGAUGUGGUGGGAGGCCCUAUCAUCUACAUGGUCGUGGAGAUACCCGCCUUCUUCCUCAUCACAUUAUUUAUUGACCACCCGACGCGGCGCAUGCGAACACAGAUGCUGCUGCACCACGGUGAAGAAGGGGAGGCAAUCUUCGAGGAGGGGGAGGAGGAGGACGUGGCCAUGGAACGGCGCCGCGUCAUGGAGGGGGACCCCACAGUGUCAGAGGAUCUUGUCCGUGUUGUGAAUCUGCGCAAGGUGUACAGCAACGGAAAGGUCGCUGUGCGUAAUGUGACCUUUGGUGUGAAACCUGGUGAGGUGUUCGGCUUCUUGGGCACCAAUGGCGCGGGCAAGACGACGACCAUUGCCAUUCUGUGCCAGGAGAUGGUUCCGACCAGCGGGCAGGCAUUCAUUUGCGGCAAGGACACCGUUCGUGAGUCGCGUGAAGCUCUGCGCUACAUCGGCUACUGCCCGCAGUUCGACGCGCUGCUGGACCUGCUGACGGUGGAGGAGCACCUGCAGCUGUACGCCGGCAUACGUGGCGUGGUUGCGCACCAGCGUAAGAUGGUGACGACGGAGCUGAUGCAGCUUUGCGAGCUCACUGAGUUCCGACGGACGCGUGCCGGCGAGCUGAGCGGUGGCAACAAGCGGAAGCUGAGUGUUGCGCUGGCCCUCAUUGGCGGCCCGCGUGUCGUGUUCCUUGACGAGCCCUCUGCCGGCAUGGACCCUGUCGCGCGUCGCGGGCUGUGGACGGCUGUUCAGGCCAUCUCCAGCACCUGCUCAGUUGUGCUGACAACGCACCACCUGGAGGAGGUGGAGGCGCUGGCGCACCGCGUGGCCAUCAUGGUGGACGGCACCCUGCGCUGCCUCGGCAACAAGACGCACCUCAAGACGAAGUACGGCAGCGGGUUUGAGAUGACGAUACGCACCCACGAGAAUGUGCCAGCAUCGCGCGUGGAGGAGUUCAUCCGCGCCUCCUUCCCGGACGCCAAACUCGACGAGAUGCGGGGGCCGCGGUUCACAUACGCGCUGCCGCCCGGCACGUCGCUUGCCGCGGCAUUUGGGGUGUUGGAGCGCAACAAGGAGGCUGUCGGCAUCGCAGACUACGCAGUGUCGCAGACAAGCAUCGAGCAGGUCUUCCUGCGCAUCAGCGAGGAAGCGCAGAACAAGGCGGAGGACGCUGCCAUUGCCGAGCAGGAGCAGUGA